AUAUACUCAACCCCCAACUGUCACCGGGUUCCUCACAACUCCCCCUUUGCGACUUGAGAAACUCACAUUCCCUCUUGGUUUUCCUGGUACCUGAGGCAGUGAGACGACAUAGAUCAUCUCCAUUGCUCCAUCAGCCUCGUGCUCAUCUUAUCAAAACAAACACAAAGUGUCAAAAUUGCCGCUCCCGCAUCUCCAUAGCGGUACGUUGACCUGGUCUGCAUUAACUAUGGCCUCCCAAGAUGGUACCACGGAGCUCCUGUCCCAGUCCGUGAACAGCACAUGCAUCCCUGGCAGCACCUAUCAUGUGGAUAGAGGUCGGGCGAGCUCAGCCUCGACGCCACCAACAUCACCGCCCCUGUCAGAGGUUGACUACACGCCGCUACUUGAAUCAACCCAGGAACCCCGACACGAAUAUACUCAACUUGCUCACAGCCUGGUAAAGGCAAUGGCGGACUACGUGGGCCAUCUGCAGGAAGAAAAUCUUCCUAUGCCUAGCCUCGAACCAGCUGCUCAAGUCCACGGCGGCCUCAAAGUGCAGGGUGGCGUAGCGGCACGAGAUACUGUCGUUAAACUGGCGCAAAAAAUCGUCGCCAUGACAAUGGACCCAGAGAUGAAACUAUUCAUCAGCUCCCUGCAGUUCCAUUUCUGCUCGUCGCUCAAAGUUGCUAUCGAUUUGAGAGUCCACGAGUAUGUUCCUCGUCAAGGGACGAUAAACUGUUCCGAAUUAGCCACAAAAGUUGGCGCAGAUGAGACUGUUUUGGUCCGAAUUAUGCGGGUCCUAAUUACUCAACAUGUCUUUUCUUCUCCCACACCCGGUACAUAUGCCCACACGACUAUUUCCUGGUGUAUAAUGAAGUCGCCCGACAUAAUUGAUCUUUUGGGCCACCGAUUGGACGAGUGUUUCCGCGCCUCGAGUCGCCAGGCCGACGCGUUGGCCCUCGCUCGAUACCGCGAGCCCCACGAAGCCGAUACCCUAGGGUUCGGUUUGGCCUUUAAUACGACGGCCAACUUUUGGGAGGUUUUGGCGCGUGAUACAGAGGGAAAACGUUCGCAACGGUUUAACCGCGCGAUGAGGGCUGUGAAUAUUAACGCUUUGGAAGUAAUUCCGCGUAUAUACCCUUUUAACCGCAUCGGAGGAAACGGGCUAUUGGUCGACGUCGGUGGCGGCCUAGGCCAGGUCGCGCGGGCGAUUAUGGCCACGAACCAAGGGAGCCGGUUGCAAAGGUGUAUUGUCCAAGAUGUUUGUGCGGCCGACGACGUGUUGGAAGAGGUGUUGGAGUCGAAUCGAAAAUUGGGAGUGGAGCUGCAAAGACACGAUUUUUUCGAUAAGCAGCCGGUGACAGGCGCUUCUAUCUACUUUUUCCGUCACAUCUUCCACGAUUGGCCGGACCGGGCCUGUGUUAAAAUCCUGAAGCAGAUAGUCCAAGCCAUGGGCAGGGAUAGCAGGUUGCUAAUCUGCGACCAGGUCGUGGACGACGAGCCGUCUAUCCCGGCCACGCUGUACGAUAUUGAUAUGUGGACCCUUUUCGGUGGUAAGGAAAGGAAUCGGUCUGAAUGGGAAGCCUUAUUCCGGGCUGCAGACGAAAGGCUGUACAUAAAAAAGGUGUGGACAACUACCGAGGCCCCAACGACCAUUUUGGAAGUUUGUCUUUGGUAAAGUACGGCGUGGCAACGUUUGAGAUUCCGUCGACGUGGUCCGUUAUUGGAAUUAAUGGGGUGGCCAAAAUCGAAUGGAAGACUAAAAGUGCCAAAGGCGUUGAACAAGCUAAUUUUGGAAAAGCAAGAAGAAGAAGAAAACCGAGCGAUAAAGGCGGACUGGCUGUUCAGGGGUGGGGGAGUAACAAGUGCAGUGAGGAAAGAAAGAUGCUAGAGUCGAGUGAGUGUCUCAACUAUCAACUGUAAAAAUCUGAAUAAAUGCUCAACCAUUUGUAUUCAUUCAUCUCGUACUAGAAAAGUGAACAUUAAUCAUGUUUGGC